UUUGUAGAAUUUGGAGAAAAAACCCCCACUGAGCAUUUAUUAUUCUAAUCCAUUUGCAAAAAGAAACAAUGGCGCUUGACAACGAACAGACCAGCACGCCGCCGGCGCCCGCUACGCCGAACAACGGCAACGAGGCGUCCAAGGCCAAGAACGAGGCCAAGAACGAGGCCAAACGCAAGGCCAAGAUGGAGAAGUUCCUGGCCAAGCAGGCUGCGCUGGCUGCUAAGAAGGACGCAGCAAAGGACAAGGUGGCGGCUCCCAAGAAGGAGAAGGAGCCCAAGGUGGCCAAGGCUAAGCCCGCGUUUGUGAACACGACGCCGGCGGGCGAGAAGAAGGACAUGAGCCAGGCGAUGGCGGACAGCUACGAGCCAGAGGCUGUGGAGGCCGCGUGGUACUCGUGGUGGGAGAAGGAGGGCUUCUUUACGCCGGAGGAGCUCGACAAGCCGAACCCCAAGGGGCGGUUUGUGAUGGCGACGCCGCCGCCCAACGUCACGGGAAAGCUGCACAUUGGGCAUGCGCUGUUCAUUUCGAUCCAAGAUUCGCUGGUGCGGUGGAACCGGAUGCGCGGCGUGACGACGCUGUUCAUCCCGGGCGCCGACCACGCUGGCAUUGCCACGCAGGCAGUGGUGGAGAAGCAGCUGUGGAAGAACAGCCAGCUGACCAAGUACGAUCUGGGCCGUGACAAGUUUGUUGACAAGGUGUGGGACUGGAAGAACGAGUACGGCGACAAGAUCAUGAAUCAGAUCCGGCGGCUUGGCAGCUCCUACGACUGGACGCGCGAGCGGUUCACGCUGGACGAUAUCCUGUCCCGUGCCACGCGCGAGACGUUCUGCCGGCUGUUCAACGACGGGAUUAUCUACCGGUCCAGCCGCCUGGUCAACUGGUGCCAUGUGCUCAACACAGCGCUGUCGAACCUCGAGGUUGAGAACAAGGAGCUGCCAGGCCGCAUGCUGAUGACCGUGCCUGGAUACCCGGCGCAGGAGAAGUUCGAGUUCGGUGUGCUGGUGCACUUUGCGUAUCCGGUCGAGGACAGCGACGAGCGCAUUGUGGUGGCCACCACGCGUAUCGAGACCAUGCUGGGUGACUCGGCCAUUGCUGUUCACCCCAACGACGAGCGCUACAAGCACCUGCACGGAAAGUUUGUUGUGCACCCGUUCAACGGCCGGCGCAUCCCGAUCAUCACCGAUGGCGAGGCGGUCGACAUGGAGUUCGGUACUGGAGCCGUCAAGAUGACGCCAGCGCACGACCACAACGAUUACAAGGUCGGCAAGCGCCACGGGCUGGAGUUCAUCAACAUCCUCAACGACGACGGCACCAUGAACGAGAACGCCGGGCCUUACGCCGGUAUGCGGCGGUUCCACGUGCGGCGGCAGAUCAUCGAUGAUCUCAAGGCUAAGGGCUUGUACGUCGAUACCACCGACAACCCGAUGACGGUGCCGAUCUGCACGCGGUCGGGCGACAUCAUUGAGCCGCUAAUGAAGCCGCAGUGGUGGGUGCGCUGCAAGGGCCUGGCCGAGCCGGCCAUGGAGGCGGUGCGCUCGGGCAAGCUGGACAUCACGCCGAUGACGUCGGAGAAGGAGUGGUUCCGCUGGCUGGAGAACAUCCAGGACUGGUGCAUUUCCCGCCAGCUGUGGUGGGGCCACCGCAUCCCUGCGUACUUUGUGCGCAUCGAGGGCCAGAACAACGACACCAGCAGCUCCGAGUACUGGGUUGUGGGUCACAACGAGGCCGAGGCCCGCCAGCGCGCCGAGGAGAAGUUCCCGGGCACCAAGUUCACGCUGGAGCAGGACCCGGAUGUGCUCGACACAUGGUUCUCGUCAGGCCUGUGGCCAUUUGCGGUGCUGGGAUGGCCCGACAAGACAUCCGACAUGGAGAAGUACUACCCGACGCAGCUGCUGGAGACCGGCUGGGACAUUCUGUUCUUCUGGGUUGCGCGCAUGGUGAUGCUGGGCAUCUAUGUGACCGGCGAGGUGCCGUUCAGCAAGGUGUUCUGCCACGCCAUGGUGCGCGAUGCUCAGGGCCGCAAGAUGUCCAAGUCUCUGGGCAACGUCAUCGACCCGAUCGAUGUCAUCCAGGGCAUCUCGCUGGCCGACCUGCACGCCCAGCUCGAGAACGGCAACCUGGACCCGCGCGAGGUCGUCAAGGCCAAGAAGGGACAGACUGCCGACUUCCCCGACGGCAUCCCCGAGUGCGGCACCGACGCCCUGCGCUUCACCCUGUGCGCCUACACGUCGGCGGGUCGUGACGUCAACCUCAACGUGCUGCGCGUCGAUGGCUACCGCAAGUUCUGCAACAAGCUGUGGAACGCGACGCGCUUUGCGCUGAUGAAGCUGGGAGACGACUUCAAGCCGCGCGCCGAGAUGGGACUGGGCGGCGCCGAGUCGCUGGCCGAGCGCUGGAUUCUGCACAAGCUCAACAUUGCUGCGCGCGAUGUCAACGCUGGCCUGGCCGAGAUGAACUUCAUGGCUGCCACUACCGCCGUCUACAGCUUCUGGCUGUACGAUCUGUGCGAUGUCUACAUUGAGUACAUCAAGCCCAUCACCACGCCCGAGGCCGACGCCGACGCCCGCCGCUCUGCCCAGGAGACCCUGUACACGUGCCUGGAGCAGGGGCUCAAGCUGCUCCACCCCUUCAUGCCCUUCGUCACCGAGGAGCUGUGGCAGCGCCUGCCGCAUCGCGCCAGCGAGACCAGCCGUACCAUUUGCCUGGCCGAGUUCCCCGAGCCGCAUGCCGAGUAUGAGAGCCCCCAGGCCGAGCGCGACUUUGACCUGGUCAUGUCCAUCGUCAAGGCUGGGCGCUCGCUGGUGACGGAUUACCACGUAACCUCCAAGGCCACCAUCUACAUUGCCCCGACCACCGCCGCUGCCCACGCACUGGCCACCUCCGAGGCCCCCGGCAUCUGCACCCUGAUCAAGGGCUGCUCAGAGGUCAUUGCGCUGCAGCCCGCCGAGGCCGUGCCUGCAGGCUGUGCCGUGCUGUCGGUCAACGACGAGGUUGCCGUGCACCUGAUGGUCCGUGGCCGCGUCGACAUUGACCAGGAGAUCAAGAAGAUUGAGCAGAAGAUCGCCAAGGCCGACAAGGCCCGCGAAGCCCUGCUUAGCAAGACCAACAUUGCCGACUACAUCGACCGUGUCCCCACCGAUGUGCGCGAGCAGAACGAAACCAAGCUCAGCAACUACACUGCUGAGAUUGAGGCGCUGGGUCUGGCCAUCAAGACCUUCCUGUCCCUGAAGGGCAGCGACUAGACUUUUUUCUUUGCCAAUUGACUCGCUUUUGACAGUCUAAAUGCACACAAUGCCGUAUUUUGGUGAUA